AUGAUGCACGCAGCUGCUCCCCCACCUCCUCUUUCGACUCCACUGGAGUUUGUCCGCAACGUCGCCAAGCGCGCCCACCUCUUCCCCUCUUCACAUCUUCAUCUUCACCUCUUCCCAUCUUCCCCUCUUCACCUCUUCCCCUCUUCCCCUCUUCCCCUCUUCCCCUCUUUCCCUCUUCCCUCUUCUUCCCCUCUUCCCUCUUCUCCUCUUCCCCUCUUCCCCUCUUCCCCUCUUCCCCUCUUCCCCUCUUCCCCUCUUCCUCUCUUCCCCUCUUCCCUCCCUUCCAAUCCUCUACCCCAGCCCGAUGCAGGCGAUGACAUGGGAAGCACCUCCUCCACCUCCUCCUUCGACUCCACGGAGUUUGUGCGCAAGAUUGCCGUCGCUUCUCCCUCCCCCAACUCCUCGAAUCAACCGACGGCUUUUCCGACAGGAACCUUCUGGGAAGGGGCGCGUAUGGGCCGGUAUAACCGGGGCCAGCUUUUCGGGUGUCUGGUGGCGAUCAAGAAACUCGAACAAGGCAGCGACCAAGGCCCGGCGGAGUUCCGAACCGAAGUGGAGGUUCUGAGCAAGGUUCGGCACCCGCACAUUGUGCUCUUAAUGGGUCACUGCCCCGAAGAAGCUUGUAUCGUGUACGAAUUCCUGCAGGGCGGGAACCUACAGGAGCGGAUCGUCCGAGCAGGAGACAACCCUCCGCCGCCCCUCCCCUGGCACGAUCGUAUCCGAAUCGUAUCGGAGAUCUCCGGCGCGCUGCUCUACAUGCACAGGCACGACCCGCCGAUCCUCCACCGAGACUUAAAGCCCGACAACAUUCUCCUCGACGCCAACUCCAUCUCUAAAAUCGCCGAUGUGGGUCUCGCUCGGCUGAUCCCCAACGAGGUCUCGGCAGUUACCUGGAAGGUGCGGGGAACCGCAGGGUAUAUAGACCCAGAGGAGCUUCAGACCGGGGAGCUGUCGGUGAAAUCGGACAUCUACGCGUUUGGCCUGAUAGCGCUGCAGCUGCUGACAGGUUUAAAAAACGUGAAGCUGGUGCAUGGGCUGCUGGCGGCGUGCGGCACGGGCGCGAGAAACACAGAGGAGGCGACGGAUUUGGUGAUGAGGAGCCUGGAUCGGUCAGCUGGGAAGUGGCCGGAGAGGCUGGUGAGGAGGGCGACGAGGGUGCUGGUGCGGUGUAUUGAGAGGAGGAGGGUUAAUAGGCCAGAUCUGGGGGUGGAGAUUCACCCGCUGCUGGGGGAGAUUGCAGAGGAGGCGAUGGAGGAGAAGAACAGGCGGCUAAGGAGCUUGACGGGCGGUUUGUCUGCCCGCUGUCGCAUGUAG